UUUUUUGGUGCAAGCCAAUCGACUGCGUACCUCAUUUUUCUUCGAUCAUGUAGCUUUUGCUCAGAGCAAUGUCAGGGCGCAUAAGACCUGCUUCUGUCGAUUUUUUCUCUGAUCAUUUGCCGCUCAAACCAUUCAUCAAGCUUUUACUCGUCAGAUAGAUUGUUCAAGUCACCGGAGCACGGCAUGGACUUCAGCCCUCAAAGAAAGAGCGGCGAACGCGAUCCCGUCAGCUUCGUCGAACACGAUGACAGUGAUGACGACUUCGGAGCUGAAUCCACCGCCUCUAAUAAGCCGUCUGCGCAUUCGCACGACAGGACCAAAUCCAAGCCCAAGACGAGCCAUGGCAGUUCAACCCACGCGACGACGGCGACGCCGUUGCCUCCCCAAAGUAGCUCCGAGCCAACAGCGGCGACUGCGACGGCGACGGCGGGCAACAAUGCCGACGCCAACAGCGUGGACAGCGGCGGCCCGAGGAGCAACAGCAUGGAGAGCAGCAGCAGCAGCACCGCCUCAGGCGCCACGCCGGCCAACGUCCGCCGGCACACCGGCGGCGACAGCCAGUGGGAGGCCAUCCAGCUGGCCACGUCCCUGGACGCGCCGCUGAACCUGGGCCACUUCCGGCUGCUCAAGCGCCUGGGAUACGGCGACAUCGGCAGCGUGUACCUGGUGGAGCUCCGCGCCACGCCAGCCUUCUUCGCCAUGAAGGUGAUGGACAAGGCGUCCAUCAUCAGCCGGAACAAGAUGGCCCGCGCGCAGACGGAGCGCGAGAUCCUCGGCCUCCUCGAUCACCCUUUCCUCCCCACGCUCUACACGCACUUCGAGACCGACAAGUUCUACUGCCUCGUCAUGGAGUACUGCAGCGGCGGCAACCUCCACUCCCUCCGACAGAAGCAGCCCGGCAAGCAUUUCACCGAGCCCGCGGCCAGGUUCUACGUCGCCGAGGUGCUGCUGGCCAUGGAGUACCUGCACAUGCUGGGGAUCGUGUACAGGGACCUCAAGCCGGAGAACGUGCUGGUCCGGACCGACGGUCACAUCAUGCUUUCCGACUUCGACCUGUCGCUGCGCUGCACCGUGUGCCCGACGCUGGUCAAGUCGUCGUCUGUGCACUCCACCGGGAGCGGCGGCGGCGGAGGCGUCGGCAGCGUCGGCAGAGGAGGAGUGGACGUCGCGGACAGCGACGUCAUUACCGCCAACCAGGGGUGCAUCCAGCCGUCGUCCUUCUUCCCGCGCAUCCUGCCCCGGCGUAGCCGGAAGCCGUCCAAGAGCGACCUGGGGCUCGGCGGCCCGCCCGCGGUGGAGUUCAACGCGGAGCCGACGGACGCGCGGUCCAUGUCGUUCGUCGGCACGCACGAGUACCUGGCGCCGGAGAUCAUCCGCGGCGAGGGCCACGGCAGCGCCGUGGACUGGUGGACGCUGGGCAUCUUCCUCUACGAGCUGCUGCACGGCUCCACGCCCUUCAAGGGAGCCGGCAACCGCGCCACGCUGUGCAACGUCAUCGAGCAGCCGCUGCGCUUCCCCUCCGAUGGCGGCGCCGGGGGACCGGCGGUCAGCUCCGUCGCCAAGGACCUCAUCCGCGGCCUUCUCGUCAAGGACCCGCAGAAGCGGAUCGCCUUCACCAGGGGCGCCACGGAGAUCAAGCAGCACCCGUUCUUCGAGGGUGUCAACUGGGCGCUGGUCAGGAGCAUGGUCCCGCCGUCGGUGCCGGACCCGGUGGACUUCCGGCAGUACGGAGCUGCCAAAGACAAGAAGGCGCCCGACAGCAGUACAACGGCGGCCGUGGAGGCGCCGCCGGUUGGAAAGCAAAACUCCGGCGAGUCAUACACGGAUUUCGAGUACUUCUAGGACAUACUGUCGACAUACUACAUAAUCUUACGACUUAUAACCAUAUAUAUACAAGAUUAGAUUACCUUGAUCGAGGUUUGCCAACUUCUAGAAGCUUGCGAUAUUCAUUAAAUAUCAUGCAAUAUCUUGUAAUACGAUUCUUCCAUGUACCAUUUGACUGCAAACUAAAUUUUGUAAAUUUAGCCACGCACCUUGUCAUUUACCAUUCUCAGCAUUGCAGACAAAAAUAUUAAAGUUGACAUUCCAAUAUCAUGUAUAAUAAAUAAAUCCUGUCAUUUUGAUUGG